GCGGUUUCCAGCAUUGCCGAACCGUGGCCAUUGAGCAGUCUUCCUUCUUGUGGAGAAGGAGGAGCGACUUGCAUAGCGGAUGUCAUGGCAAUAAAAAGAUAUCUUCCUGACUUAACCUUUCAUUACACAACUGGAGAGAUUCCGUUUGUAGAUUUUCCGUACGCGUACGACAUUCUCCUCACAGACGGUGAAUACAAACGAAAGUGCUUGCUGUCGGUCCAUCUAAACGCUCUUGUCCACAAGAACGUUCUCCGAGUCGGCUCCACCAUCGAAAUCAUGGAUACUCGAUUUCUAAAGCCACCUCACUCUAUUUUAUUGCUCUGUAAUAUUCUUGUUGUAAAUCAGAGAGAUGCAGCCUUGCCAGACGUGCCUUUUUGGAACGGUGCUAGUCAUUAUGAGAGGACGGAUGCUCCUCUUGUCUCGUCAAGAGGCUGUUAUUUGUCUUUGUGGAACAGUGUGGAUCCGUCUGGUCAACAUUGGGAUCGACAUUCAAUUCAAUGCUUGGACAGAGAAAGCUCCGCACGGUUUCUCGCGGAGAGAUUGAAAAUGGAACGUUUGACGUCACGCGAUAUUGGAAGGAUGUCUGUACGCGGGAUUGUAGGGAGAGUUGUGAAUAAGACGAGGAUCGUUCACUUUGGAAAAUCAAGAGACCUUCGAAACCGUUUUCCUUUCGUGUUUAAUUUUGUCCUUCAAGACGAGACGGCUAGCCUGCCCGUUGUGGUGUGGAAUGAGUUAUGUGUCAAGCUGUUUAAGUCGAUUCAUGUCGGAGACGUCGUGGCAGUGAGAAGAUACAAAGUCAAGCCGAGAUAUCAACAAAGUUAUUCUAUCGUUCAAAGGCAGUUUUCAGAGCUAUCUCAGAUACAGUCGCAGACGUCUGAUACACAAACAGUGCAGACGGCAACGUCUAAUGCAUUCGGAAAUCGUCUUGUCGAAGUUUCUCUGAUGGAUAGUUCGGUUGUAUGCCAAAUACCUCUUUCUAUUUGUACUGCGUUGCACUUAGACUUUCCGUCUGUGGUGCACAUGUUUGUUCCUUUCUCUGAUGUCCAUCACAUGCCUGACAAUAUUUUUCUCGACGUUGUGGGUAUGAUUAUAUUUGUUGGACGGUGGGAGAGGUCGAGGCGGGACGUUGACGUCGUCACCAAAACUUGUCCUGAUCUAUGGAGCUGGCGGUGGGUUGCCGUGAUGGACAAUUCAUCUAGAAAGUCUAUUCUUUUACAACUGUUUGCUUGCUCGUUACCCAUGGCGUGGAAUGCUCUCAAACCUGGUAAAGUGCUUGUAUGCACGCAAUGCAGGAUUUGCAGUAUAACAAGUGGUAGUCGUGGAAAACCUGCACGAACGGUUUUUCUAACAACGACCUGUGACAGUCAGAUGUACGUUACAUCGGCAAGUGUUGGGGCUAUGGGUAGAGGCCAGUUUUGUCACUCGCGUUCAUUUGCGGAUGUAAUGCAAUGGAGUAUGUCAGACAACGGGAAAAAAUGUUUGGAUUAUGCAUGCAUAGAUGGGAGCUUCUCUUUUCCAUCUCUGCCAACAACCCUUAAAGAUCUUGAGGAUUACGUAGAAAUUCUAAAGGUAACACCCAUCGAUGCCAUUCCUGCAGUGCUAGAUGAGCUGCACUAUCGUGAAAGACGAACGCUUGUUAUUAGUGGCACAAUAGUGGAGAUUAAACUUGUAAUACUAGAGCAACGGAAGGAUCGUAUGGAACGUCGGAAUGGAGUUGACGUGAAGCUGUCGAAAGAGAGUGAGUCACAAGAGCGAAAAGUAACGGACAGAAACAGUGGAAUGGCCAGUUCUUGUGAUGGUUGUGUGGAGAAAUCAGAAGAUGAGGGAGACAGCAAUUGUAAGAGGCAACGUCUUAUGAAUACUGAUUCGGAAGACAGUUCUGAUUCUGACUCGUCAUUGGGAGUGUCUGCCCAGUGGACAUCGACAGCAACCAAUCACUCAAUGUCAGACACGAUACUCGGUAGUGAGCACGUUGUUGACGAGACAUUUCCAAAACCAGUGGCAUCGGCCAUAAAGUCUAAUUAUUAUUGGGUGAUCAGGAUUCGAGGUAUUACGGACUCGGUCGCUUUGAAUUCAGUCAUUCUACCCAAAUGGCUCGAGAUGGAACCGUGGAGGUCAUACAGCUGGUUAGAUUCGAAUAAUGCAAGUGAUGACGUAAAUCUCAUCGCGAUGUUGUCAUCGAGUCUAAGUCAGUCUGCGCCAGAAACGAUUGCUGACGUUACUGAUGAACAUAUUCAGAACAUCUGCAGUCAGUUUGACGGUCGACCCUUCAUCUUUGUAGUCAAUGUUUUCUGUUGCGGCAACAAUGAUGUUGAGAUUGUGUUGAAACGAGCUUUUUUGGCAUAGCGUGUUUGCUAGUGUUUUUGUAAGGAGCUGGACUAUGUGACUUGUACCCAUGCUGCUAGAGUUUAUUAACAGGUAUUAACAGGUUUGAAUAUGUAAGCAGUAGAUAUGGCAAUAUGAAAGUUAAUGGUUAACGUUAUAAUGUAAUAGAAAAUAUGCUGUUUUGUUUCAA